AAGCACGAAACGAAACCUCCGCUCGGCAUUGAGCUGAGAGUCCAGAUUUCAGACCAGAAAGCGAGUAUCUCUCUCUCCCUCUCCCUCUCCCCUCUCUCUCUCUCUCUCUCUCUCUCUCAGUCCCACCACCAAACACCCCAUGGGCAACUUACACGGUCGCCUCCGCCACCGCGACUCUGCCGCCGAAAAACCCCCCACGCCACGCCACCACCAACCCCAACCGCCACAACCCUCCACCUCCACCACCACCACCACCUCCCCCUUCCACCGACACGCCUCCGGCACUGGUCGCGUCCUCGGUCGCCCCAUGGAGGACGUCCGCUCCACCUUCACCUUCGGCCGCGAGCUCGGCCGCGGCCAGUUUGGCGUCACCUAUUUAGUCACUCACAAGACCACCGGUGAGAAAUUCGCGUGCAAGUCGAUCGCCACGCGGAAGCUGGUCAACAAGGACGACGUGGAGGACGUGCGGCGGGAGGUGCAGAUCAUGCACCAUCUGACGGGGCACCGCAACAUCGUGGAGCUGAAGGGGGCGUACGAGGACCGGCACUCGGUGAACUUGGUCAUGGAGCUGUGCGCGGGCGGCGAGCUGUUCGAUCGGAUCAUUGCUAAGGGACAUUAUUCGGAGCGGGCUGCAGCGGAUCUGUGCCGGCAGAUUGUUACUGUGGUGCAUAACUGUCAUUCGAUGGGGGUUAUGCAUAGGGACUUGAAGCCGGAGAAUUUCUUGUUGUUGAACGCCGAUGAGGACUCGCCGUUGAAGGCUACCGAUUUUGGACUGUCUGUGUUCUUCAAGCCGGGUGAUGUCUUUAAGGACCUUGUUGGAAGUGCAUAUUAUGUAGCUCCUGAAGUAUUGCGUCGAAGUUAUGGAGCUGAGGCUGAUAUAUGGAGUGCUGGUGUGAUAUUAUACAUAUUACUUAGUGGGGUCCCACCUUUUUGGGGAGAAAAUGAGCAGGGUAUCUUUGAUGCUGUUCUACGGGGAAAUCUUGAUUUUGCAUCUGAUCCUUGGCCAUCCAUAUCCAGUAGCGCCAAAGACCUUGUUAAGAAGAUGCUGCAGAGUGAUCCUAAAGAAAGGCUUUCUGCAACUGAAGUAUUGAAUCAUCCAUGGAUCAGAGAAGAUGGAGAUGCAUCUGAUAAACCUAUUGAUAUUGCUGUCUUAAGUAGAAUGAAGCAGUUCCGUGCAAUGAACAAACUCAAAAAAGUAGCAUUAAAGGUCAUUGCAGAAAAUCUUUCUGAAGAAGAGAUCGUUGGCUUGAAGGAAAUGUUCAAAUCUAUAGACACUGACAACAAUGGAACAGUUACUUUUGAAGAGUUGAAAGCCGGUCUUCCAAAACUGGGUACCAAGCUUUCUGAGUCGGAAGUGAGGCAGUUGAUGGAAGCGGCAUUGGCUUAUUGAGUUAUGAACUCCUCAAGUGGAUGAAAUGUGGCUGAAGGUACUGAAGGCUCCUGAAUUUUUUGACGGGCAUACUCUAUGAUUCUAGAUAUAGGUGGUUACGUAUCGCAUCAGCCAUUACGUAACGGGAUUUUGAACCUCUACUACCGAUAUUUACCCAUGCAUAGGCCGUACUCGCUGGUGUCGGCCAAUGUAUGGCUGUAUAAUUGAUGCCAAUGUGUAUCCCGCUACUGUGAUUUAGUAUCCACUCAUUGCAUGGAAAUGGUGUUACUGAAAGUCUGAUUGAAAUUGUAACUCUACUAAACCACUUUUGGAGGUCCACCUCGCAGGUUCUUUAUUGCCAUUGAACUGUCAAGUUCAUGUCUCACUUCCUUGCAUUUGCUAGCUAUCUUUUGCUAUGGCCUUGGUUCACUCUCGGGACCCUCUUUGCCUUGUAGCACCUCCAACUUCAAACAAUUUGUACUUGCAGCUACAAGAUUUGUCCUUAAUGAAUGUUCUUUCAUCUUGCUCUAGAUGGUGCCUCCUGUUCUUGAUUGCUAGUAUUUGAUAUUGCAAUAAUGCUUGUUCUAUAAAACUUCCCAUUUAGUCGUAGUAAACAUUGUGACAUGUUGAGACAAGCUAGUUGAUUUGAAUAUAUUGUUAGUUUUAGCUGUUGUCGCAUGCAGCGUUGCUUCUAGAUAAAAUUGGAUUCUGUUUGCACUUUCACAAAGCUAUUG